UGAAGGUUAGAAAAUUAAAUUGCAGAUGAAAUAAAAUAACGACGGACACAAUUUGUAAUAAGAAAAUAUGAUGCAAUUUUGCCGCUGUGAACCGCUGACGACUUAUUAAAAAAGUACGACUUGAAUAAAGAUUUGUUAAAUGUUAAAAGUAAACUAGUAAAGUAAUAAAUGGUAAAUCUUGAAAAAAUAUAUAUUAUAUAAAAUUGAAAGACAACCGUUUUUAAAAACUAUUUGUUGGGUUCAGGAUUUUUUGGGGGAUAAUGCUGGAGACAGCUGAUGCACAGACUGAGAAAGUUGAUAGUUCAGCAGGACAACAAACCAUUAUACUAAUUUCUCAGAAAGGUGGUCGUUAUGAGAUAGAUAAGAAAACAUUCAGUCAAAUUUCAGGCUACUACCGGAGUCUUGUAAACAGUGGAAUGAGAGAUGCAGCCUCUAAUGAACUUGAUUUGAAAGAAUUAUCUAAUCGAUGCUUGGCAGAAGUCAAUCCUGGCAUAUACUACAAAAACUCAGCAAACCAUGCAACGACAGGGUUUAAUAAAUUGAUAUGUUCAGAAAAUUUCUUUGCAGAAAUUAAGGAAUGUUACUCACAAUUGAAAAUCAAAGGGAAGACAUUGAAGUUAUUGAAAAAUAUUGAAGAAGGGUUGAAGGGUGCAUCAUUUCUGCAAAUUAAUAGUAUGAUUGAUCAUUACAGUGCAUUGUUAUUGAAACAUUUGAAUGUGCAAACGUGUUUACGCAUUCUGCUGUUUGCAAAUAAGUACAGCCUUGACAAGGCACUUGAAACAGUUUUAGAUUAUUGGUUGAACAAUUUCAAAUUUGUUGCUGGAGGAUCUACAUUAUUACCGCUAAAUGUUAUAGAUCGUCUAGCUAAAGCAGAUGUUGUUAAUAGUGACAGUGAGUUCGAUAUUUUCAGUUAUAUCAUCAAUUGUCUUUCUGUUGAUAAUUCGAUGAGAUGCCAUGCAGAAAAAUUGUUGAGUGAAGUGAGGUACCAUUUAAUGACUGCAAGUUCAAAACAGAUUUGCCGUGACAGGCUUCGUGUUCUAAAUGUUAACCAUAUUAACAUAAAUCAAGAUUAUGCAAAUUCUUCUCGUUCAGUUGGUGUUCUACUUAGUCUUGGAGUGGCUUCUGAAAAGAGGGUGCCCGAUUUUUUUCAUUCACUCUCAGUUUAUGACCUUGUGAGUAUGACUUGCAAAAAGAGAAGAAGCCAGGGCUGUGUAAGUCGGAGUCUCGUUAAAUUUCGAUCUUGCAGGAUGCCUGGACCCCCUCUGGAAUGGCUUCGUUACCAAGCCUGCAUCCUCAACGAUUCUUUGUAUUUGGCUGGAAAACUGAAUGAAGAGGCAUUUUUUUCUAACCAAGUAUACGUUUAUGAUCUCAUUAAAUCCACAUGGAGACAGUGCUGUAACAUGCAUGCUGCAAGAGCUCUAUUCUACUUUGACAAAAUAGCUGGACAUUUGUAUGCAGUUUCUGGCCAGUUCACCAAGAUACAUAGAACUCACGUAGUUGAAAAGUAUUUUCCAGAUAAGGAUAAAUGGUACUUGUUGGCAAGUCUGCCUGUCGCUGUAUCCAGUUUGACAGGUUGCGUUUUCAGAGGUAUGAUGUACGUUAGUGGAGGGGAUGAUGGCGCCAGGUUUUUGACGAACGUAUAUCGUUAUGACCCUUAUGGUGGCCGUUGGGAGUGCAGGACCCCUCUUCUGACUGCCCGUUGUUGUCACAUCAUGACCUACGUAGGAAAUAAACUUAUUGUUCUGGGAGGUAAAGUAGUUGAUCAACUGCACCGUAGAGAAUAUGCUAUGGAUGGCGAGAUAUAUGAAUUUGAAACCGACCAGUGGACAUCUGUGUUGAGGUUAAUAAAGCCCGUUGUUUAUUCGCCUUCCGUCCUCGUCAACAGUUGCCUCUAUAUUUUUAAAAAUCACACUAGUCUCUUCGUGAAACAAAAUCGCAACGUCAUUCAAAAAAUUAACCUUACCAAGUUUCUGAAUGAAGGUGAAACAUCUGCGUUGACGGUCGAAAAAAGAAUGGAUGUGGAUAAUAAUGAUGAUGAUGUUGAUGAGAAGGAGGAGGGAGAGUGUCAACUUUAUGAAUAUUGUAUUGAAAAUUUUGGUUCGCCAAUGACGCACUUAUGUUUGUAUUUUAAAUGAUUUUACGAAUGUCCCACUUUAUCGCAGAGUGUACAAACAUUUUAAACAUAAAAUAACGAAUAUUUUUAUAUUGAUCCAAGAAGACUAAGUCUAUGACACGAUGAUACAUAAUUAUGUAUGUGUUUUAAAUGAUUUAACGAAUGUCGCAUUUUGGCAUAGAUUUUACAUCAAUUUUAAUUCAUUUUAAGCAUAACAAUUGUUCAUUCCAGCUCCAUUAUUUUUCUAUAUCGCGAACGUUUUGUACAAUUUUUUAUCGUUCAUUCAGUUUGUUCUAGGUGUUAGACAGAUAUCCAUUUUCAUCCAACAAAUCAGUUCCUCCAAGUGUAGGAUGUAACGUUGUUAUAUCCUUAUUAGGAAUUGUUGGGUGAAGAUUGUGUCGUCGCACACGAACGUAUCGUUAUUAGCGGUGCGUUAAGUUUUUUGUGAAGAAUUUAAAUUCAUAUUUAUAAUGAACAUUUUGUCAGAGAAAUUAACUAUUUAUUUAACUAAUUAACUAUUCCCCAUGUUUUUUGGAAUUCAAGUUUGAUUUAUGGUGAUUUUGCAGGAGUUUUUAAAUAUAUUUCGAACUAAUUCUGAUUUAAAGGUUUAAUUAACGAUCGGUCUGUAUUUUCACGGUGUGAUAUUGCUUCUAGCUCAUUUGACAAAUUAUUAACUUGUUUCUUUUCUGUCCGCACUCUUAUAGAUUAUAAAAAUAAUAAUUAAUUAUCUCAACACCCCUUUCCCAGACCUCUUAAAUAUCUUAUUUAUUGUAUUUAAAAUUUUUAAUUUGUUAAACCGCGGGUUGCUGCAGGCGGGGUUGAUGAAAUCAACCCCCUUUCGUCAGUGUGUCAGUAGUUACAUGAAUAACAACGUAGUAAAAACAAAAUGUAAUGAUGCAAACGCUUCCUCCUUGUCAACAUUCUAUCAACGUCACGUACGUCUACUACUUGUUUUUAUAAUAAGCAAUAUGUAUUAUAUUGUUUAUAAUUAUUAUUUCUGUUUUCGUUACCUUAUAUUUUUAUUUUAUACUUCCAUUUUAUCAUUACCAUUGUUUUAUCAGUUGUAUUAUCAUAUAUACUUGUUAUACAGUUUUAUUUUUUCUACAUGUUUUCACCAAAAUUUUCUUUAUAUUAUUUCAUUUUACUUCCAAUAAAUGCAUCUCAUCCGUUUUAAAUUCAUAAUUCUAUUUUCAUCUUUUCAUACUUUGCAUAUUGUUCAUUUCUCUGUGUCUGACAGA